AUGCCGAGCUCACUCCAACAGCAGCUCGCGCAAAUUGCGCAGAACUCUACCCGCCAACUUGACCUAAAGGCUCAGAAAGUUGGCCAUUCCAAAUCUUUCCUGUUCGAGCCGAAAGUCGCCGCGAAACAGGACUUCAACACUAUCUUCCAAAUAUGCAUAGAAGGCUUCGAAGAGAUAUGCGCCCUGGACAGGACUUUUGGAGAGUACCGGGAGACCCUCUUUAGCGAACAAAGCAAGGUCGAGGAUCGAACACAAAUGAAUGCGGAAGAACAGUCUCAAUUGAAUGAGACCUUGGCGACAUUUUUGAUCCGGAUAUCAUCAAAGCUGUUACUCAAGCCAGGUCUAAAAUGCGUCGAGUGGCUCGUGAGGCGAUUCAGGGUCCACGAGUACAACACUGAACGGUUACUGUUCGCAUUUCUCCCCUACUUCGAAUCUCCCAUAUUUCCCCUGGUCCUAUCUAUAAUACCCGAAAGGAAUUUAUCCGAGCCCGUACGAUUCCUCUAUCCAUACAUCCAAGCCCGAGAAAAUCCCCGUAUGACUGCGAUCCAAUACACAGCUGCAAAUAACCGCUCUUUCUUCAGAACACUGAAUAACUAUGUGUUGGAGGUCGUCAAGACCGGAUAUCACUUCCCCACACUGCUCUCUUUCUGGACCUGCGUCAUAGUCCACGGGAUUGAUGGAAGACUCGAAUCCGCAAGAGCUGGGGUCGAGAAUGUUCGCCGACAGAAGCAGGAGGACGCCCUUCUUGAAAUUAUACCGGUGUUGAACGAAGGCUUCGCGUUGACUCACGCGCCCGACAUGAUCCUGGCGUGCAUUAUGAUUACAACCGUCCUAGCCUCCAAAUCGGCGCCUGGAGACAAAGUCAUCAAGCCGCUGAUGUCUGCCGUUGUCGGAGCAAGUACCGAAGAUGUGCUAGAUGAGAGUUUGAUGUGCUUGGUGGUCCUUGCAGAAGAAAUUGAGUCGGAGAAAGUACCGAAAUCGGUAAUGAAGUUCAUACUCGAAACAGAUGCGCCUUUGCAGAGCAUUCACCGGAUUUCGGAGCAAGCUAGCGUUGACAAGUUUGUGCAUGCCUGCAUCACCACCGCCCUUGCAAAUCCCGACGGACGCUGGAUAAACCGAGUUGUUCCUUUCUUCCAGGAGUUGGUGGAGUCGCAUUCAAUAUCACCCCGCGCUGUCAAGAACAGCCUUUCUCUCCUUAUCAACGCUGUGAGGACAUCUGGAAGACCAGAUGGGAACACCGAGCUUUGCCAGCAGGUCGGACAGAGCAUGCGCCACAUAGCGCAAGAACCUUCGGGGGUCGAAAUGAUCAGGAAUUGCGCGGAGUCACAAGGUCUGAGCGUCGGGGAGAUCGAGCAGGCUACACUCACGCAAAUUCUCGGCGAUGCUGCCGAAGUCGUUGAGAUGGAGGUUGACCCCUUACCCAUUGAGGCCCAAGCCGCACUACCCAGCGAUGAACUCUCUGAAAGGCUUGCAAGCGUCCCAGAGGCGAACACCCGAUCAUUCCUGUCAACCUACAGCUCGGAAACGCUCGAUACCUUUGAGGCACUCUUUCAACAGGUCUACACGGAUAGCGAUCGGCUUCAGCAACUCUGUGAGGCCCCGUUGUUUUGGCCCAAUGACGAAUUGAACAACAUGCUGUUCAUCACCUUCCUUAUCCGGAUAUGGACUGGAAAAAUGCAUCCGUCUUGCAAGCAAGCUGCCCUUGCGGUCGGGAAGUUGUGGCUGUCUAGUUCUGCACAUCUCGGAAACUCUGUGCAGAUCGUGGUUCCGUAUCUGCUACUCGCACUCACCGAUUCGUCCAGGAUUGUUCGAGAAGCCGCUGCUGCAUUUCUUAAGGACCUGGCCGAUACAUACACUUAUUUGUCGUCGGCCAAGGCAUCAACAAUGGUUGCCCCUUGGACGUUUGAUGCAGUGUAUAGUCGGUCCCAAUCAGCUUGGUCGUCGCUUUCUACGGAAGAAGCUUCGAAGCUCCUUAACGACCAACUCGUACCAAUGCUUGAGGAAUGCAUCCUAGAUCGGGAUCUUAUUUCGAACGCUCUGAUCUCUAUCUUUGGAAGGCAAUCCGAGCCGAGCCAUAGUCCGAGGCUCAAGCCUGCACAUCUCGCCGCCACAUAUAACUUCCUCAGCAGCCACGCGGUUGCGACGCCACUCCUACACAUUCGGACAAAGCUUCUCCAAUUCCUGCGAAACCCGGGUAAGCCGGGCAUAACCGCUCAUAAGUCCGUUAUCCAACCGGCUUUGAGGCAAUGGGUUGAGCUCGCCCCCUCCGCCGUGAGUGCCGUGGAAGAAGAACAGGGGUCGAGCGUCCCAGAGCUUUCCGACGCCUAUUUUGCUACGGUGCCAUUCCGAGACCCGACUGCGCUAGCUUUCCUUCUGGAGCUCAUCCGGCCAACGUCUCGACUGCGGCCAGACACAGCAGCGGCCGUUUUCGAGCGCAUCAAGACUCUUUGGAGAGAGAUGUCCGAUUCGGUGAAAGGUGGAUUCGCAAAUGCAAUGUUCGAGUUGAUCAUUACCGAGGAUGUGCAGACUCCAGAGUUGCCAGCCCAUGCUUACGAGAAGUUCCAAUCGCUGUCCAUCCCCACCGUCGUGAUAUUGGACCUUGUGGAGAGUUUACUACGUCAUUCAGAGACUCCAUCUGGCCAACAUCGAAGGAAGAGAGCUCGGCUUAGCGACGGUGAUGGUGCCCGACAGUCUCACUCCGAGACCAGCACUGUGUUGAGGAAGUUUAGCUUUGUCCUCGAAUACUUACAUAGCUCGUUGGCCAAUAUGGAAGCUUCCACCACCGAGCUCCUAGGUCUACUCAAAGCUUUGUUUUCCGUGUUGGAUGAGCUCUUAGCGUUAUCAUCCACUGUCCACUCCGAUCUCGUCUUCCUACAGGUCCUGACCAUGGACAGUCUCAAGGGGAUUGUCGAGCGGCUUUCGGAUCGGAAGUUCAAGCUGGACGAUCCAAGCUCCGUGCGAAUGGACACGCUUGUCAAUUGCUUGCGAAAAUCGUCCAACCCGCAGGUGCAAACGAAUGCACUUGUUCUUGUUACCCAUCUUGCGUCAUGGAAUCCAGAGGUGGUCCUGCAAAACGUCAUGCCCAUAUUCACGUUCAUGGGACAUACGAUCUUGAGACAAAGCGACGAGUUCUCUGCUCACGUCAUCAAGCAGAUUCUGCGUCAGAUCGUUCCACCGUUGGUCAUCUCUCUCCAGAGAUCUAACGUGGGGAUCGUGCAGGGCGCCUCGAGCCUUUUGCACAGCUUUACAGCAGCAUUCGAGCAUAUUCCAUUGCAUAGACGCCUAGAUCUGUUUCAAAAUCUAGCCUUGAAUCUUGGUCCCGCCGAAUCACUCCAUGCAAUCAUUGCAAUGCUUGCAGAGAAGUAUCCACAAGAUGAAACAGUGUAUUCAUUCUGUUCUUCACUUCUAGCACGCGUUGGUCCAUAUCAAGCAUUGGAGACGAUUGGACGCUACACAAAGCUGCUUUGUGACGCUGCUAUGCAUCAGCCCGGAGACUUGGAGGCGAUUCUGGCCAUCAAAGGAAAGACGAAUGAAGAGUUCGACUCUACCCUUGUUGGCCUACUCCAUAUGCUGAGUGCUCUGGUCGACAAUGAGAGCUUCCGUGCUCGUCUGAAAAAGAGCGGCAAACCAGUGUCCGGCCAGCAUGAGAUUUUCUCUGAUCUCAUUACGGAUGCAAUCAAGCUCAACCAGGCAUGUCGACGCAGCACAGAUGUGUCCACGGCUUGCAGCAAAGCGCUCGCAGGAGUUUUCCGACUUCUGCCAACCGGUGACCUCAUCAAGUCUGCUGACAUGUUGCUGCAGAGGGCCAAGGAAGAUAGCGACGGUGCUGAAAUUCUGCCGAUCCUCUUCCGUAGCAUCGAUGCGCAAGUGAGGCGGCUGAACCAAUCCGAUCGCAGCUCAAGUCGCUCGCUGGUGGCCUUCGUGCCGAAGAUCGCGACAAUUAUCUCCAUGGAAUCCGUGCAGUCAAAGACGUACGCCAUUGCUUGCAUCGAUCAGAUCAUUCGAAGGUUCGGCAAGAUGAGCCCAGACGCUGUCGCCAGUGCUGCUCAGGUGAUUGCUGGAAAGGAUGCACUGGGACUUGCGAAUCCCAAAGUACGAACAGCUGCUCUUUUGUGCCUGUCCUCGUGCGUUGAGGUUCUCCGUGAUGACUUCAUCUCUUUGGCGCCCGAGGUCCUGUCGGCAUUACAUCAGUAUUUGAAAGCGGAUGGCAACGAGCCAAACUCGCUGUUUGUUCCGGGCUACAUGCUUCUUAUCUCUCUUUGCGAGCACGCUGCCUUCUUGUUUGCCGGCAGUAUCCUUGACAAAAUCUUGGGUCUGGUUCAUGCCUCGUCCGCUGCGUCACUUACGAAAGAAGAGGUCGAUAUGCGGCAGCAUUUCUUGGAAGUCUUGUCUCAGCGUGUGGAUGCAAGAGAACUGUUCCAAGCGAUAGAUCGCACAAUGAAUGACGCCAUGAGCUCAAAUCUGGAGGCAACGACACUGCAGUUGGGUCUGCUUCAGACGACUUUACAGCAUCAUCCAAAUGCGAUAGCUAUCAAGAAUAGCGCUGUGCUCUUCAGCAUUCUUCUGAAGGCAUUCAACCUUCGCGCUAGUCGUUCUAGAAACACCCGUCCCGCGGAGAUCCAGAAGCUUGAAAAUCUGGCUGUCGACGUGGCUAUGGACAUGACCAUGAAAGUCAAUGAUUCGACAUUCCGUCCGUUCUUCUCACAGAUGAUCGAAUGGGGCAAUGCCCCGCUCGAGGGCGACGAGGUUCGGAUUGCACGGUGGACAACGGUCUUCCGAUUCAUUGAGACCCUCUUCGCGAGUUUGAAGAGUCUCAUGACCUCUUACGCAAGCUAUAUUCUCGAACCGGUAUCCAAGCUUUUAGAGAUUGCCCCGAUAAACACGGAUGAAGGAGCCACUUUGGUCAAGGCCGUGAUGCAAGCUCUCCAAAGGAAUCUGGAACAUGACCAGGAUGACUUCUGGCAAGCGCCCGCCCAUUUCAAAGAGCUCAUGAAUCCGCUUCUCGAUCUUUUCACCCGGGCACCACCGAGCAUUUUGAACGAGGAUGUCAUUCCUACUGUUGUUGAGUUGGCUGUUACGGCGGCCUCUCCGGACCAUCAUAAAGAGAUCAACUCCCGUCUGAUCCAGCAUCUGCGGUCAAUCCUGAUCGUUCCGAGACUUGCGGCGGUCAAGUGCGAGCAAGCACUGACUGAAAGGCUAGGAGAGGAGUGGCUGUUGUUGCUGGCUGAGCUGUUGCCGGUGAUCAGUGAACUGCAGGAGGAUGACAAUGAGACGGUUGAGAAGGAGACGGUUCGGUGGAUCAAGAUGACUUCAGGGAUCCUCGGGGAGGAUUUGGAUGCCAUGUUGAGAUGA